CAGUAACAGUAAGCAACAACCGAUCCAUCAAUUUCAUUUCUUGUUUAAAAAGCCAUCUGAUAAUCCAUGCUUACUAUAAAUACCUUUCGUUCUUCACUAAUCAGAUAAAAAAAUUAAUUAAUCACAAAAAAUUGAAAUGCAUCUGUACAAUUCUUGGCUACCGCCGCCGGUGGCGGAGGAGACGAAGAAAGAGCGGGAAUCGUUCAGUCGAGUGGUCAACUCAUUCAAGUCUUGUUAUAAACCGGACGAUCCUGAAUCUGUUUACUCUACUCUUAAAUGGAUUUCCGUAAUUGAACUGUUUAUUAAGGCGAAGAGUGACGUGGCUUUGGAGGAUGUAGCUGAAGUUGUUGAGAGUGGGAUUCAAUUGUUUAAUGUUUCUCAGAAUAAGCUUUAUGUUCAGGUUAGAUGGGGGAGUUUGUUAGUGAGAGUGCUUAAUAAGUAUAGAAAGAAGUUGCAUUCUUUGAAAGUUCAGUGGCGCCCGUUGUAUGAUACUUUGAUUCACACCCAUUUCACUAGGAAUAGUGGUCCGGAAGGAUGGAGGUUGAGGCAACGUCAUUUUGAGACUGUUACUUCGCUUGUUAGAUCAUGCCGGAGAUUCUUUCCGCCGGGUUCUGCCUGCGAGAUUUGGUCUGAGUUCAUGUCUUUGUUGGAGAAUCCAUGGCAUAAUUCAACAUUUGAAGGAUCUGGAUUUGUGAGACUUUUUUUACCUACCAACUUGGACAACCAGGACUUCUACACAGAUGAUUGGGUCAGAAAGAGUUUGGAACUGUGGGACUCGAUACCAAAUUGCCAAUUUUGGAAUAGCCAGUGGGCAGCUGUUAUUGCACGUGUCAUAAAAAACUGCAAUUCUAUCAACUGGGAAGGAUUCUUGCCUACUCUUUUCACCAGAUACCUAAAUAUGUUUGAGGUUCCAGUGGCAAAUGGAAGUGGAUCAUAUCCCUUUUCUGUUGAUGUUCCCAGGAAUACGAGAUUUUUGUUCUCCAAUAAAACAGUUACGCCGGCAAAGGCUAUUGCGAAAUCAAUUGUAUAUCUAUUAAAACCGGGUAGUUCAGCCCAGGAGCAUUUUGAGAAAUUGGUCGACCUCUUAGAGCAAUACUACCAUCCCUCAAAUGGUGGUCGCUGGACUUAUCCAUUGGAGCGAUUUUUGCUUUAUUUGGUAAUUACAUUCCAGAAGCGAUUACAGAAUGAGCAACAGAGUACAGAUGACAAUAGACAAGCUGAAUUAUAUCUUGGGGGAUUGGAAAGGACUAAUUUUGUUAAUGUGCUGCUGAAGUUGAUUGAUCGUGGACAAUAUAGCAAGAACGAACAUCUUUCUGAAACUGUUGCUGCAACAACGUCCAUUUUGUCAUAUGUGGAGCCUUCUUUGGUUCUUCCAUUUAUAGCAUCUCGAUUUCAUCUGGCGUUGGAGACGAUGACUGCCACCCACCAGUUGAAAACAGCUGUGAUGUCUGUAGCAUUUGCGGGACGUUCACUGUUUCUUACAGCCCUAUCUGCUUCAGCAAGAGAGGUUGAAGUUGGCGUUGAUGAUGAACCACUCCUUGAUCUUCUGAUGAUUUCUUUAUCCAAUGCGUUGCUUGGUAUGGAUGCCAAUGAUCCUCCAAAAACCUUGGCAACCUUGCAGUUAAUUGGUUCCAUUUUUUCCAAUAUUGCCACUUUGGAUGAUGACAAUAAUGAUCUGUCUAUCAUGCCAAUGAGCCGCUUUUCUGAGUGGUUGGAUGAGUUCUUAUGUCGCCUAUUUUCCUUACUUCAACAUUUGGAACCAAGUAGUGUUCUGAAUGAAGGUCUACAUUCAUCAGCAACAUCUGGGACUUUUCUGGUUGAGGAUGGUCCGUAUUAUUAUUGCAUGCUUGAAAUUUUGCUUGGGAGACUUUCGAAAUCUCUAUACAAUCAGGCUUUGAAGAAAAUUUCAAAGUUUGUUAGGACCAAUAUUCUUCCAGGAGCUAUUGCUGAGGUCGGACUGCUUUGUUGUGCAUGUGUUCAUUCAAACCCAGAUGAGGCAGUUUGCUCUCUUGUUGAGCCGAUUUUGUCAUCUGUUAUAUCAUCUUUAAAAGGAACUCCUGUUACAGGGUUUGGAGGAACAGGGUUUCCUGAUGCCUCUUUUUCGACCAAGGCAAAACCAACACUAUCUCCGGCUCUUGAAACAGCAAUUGAUUAUCAGUUGAAAAUGCUGUCAGUUACCAUCAGCUAUGGAGGUCCUGCACUUCUUCGUUACAGGGAACAAUUUAAAGAAGCAAUUUCAUCUGCUUUUGAAUCUCCUUCGUGGAAGGUUAAUGGAGCUGGUGAUCACCUUCUUAGAGCCCUCAUUGGAAGUGUGAUUCUCUACUAUCCCAUUGAUCAAUACAAGUGCAUGUUGCGCCAUCCUGCUGCUGCAGCAUUAGAAGAAUGGAUCAGCACAAAGGAUUAUAUCAGUGAUGAACAAUUGAUGAGCCCCAAGUGGCAUGUUCCAAAUGAUGAAGAAAUACAGUUUGCAAAUGAACUUUUGAACAUCCAUUUUCAGUCAGCUUUAGAUGAUCUUUUGAGAAUAUGCCAAAACAAGAUCCACUCUGAUCCAGGAAAUGAGAAAGAGCACUUGAAAGUGACUCUUUUGCGUAUUGAUUCUUCAUUGCAAGGUGUUUUAUCUUGUUUACCUGAUUUCAGCCCAUCUUCCAGGAAUGGGAUUGUUGGAGAUGCAAGUGGUAUUUCUUUCUUGAUAGCUGGAGCAACAGGUUCAACUGUUGGCAGUGUUGAACUACGUGAAAAAGCUGCUAAAAUCAUUCAUACAGCGUGCAAGUACCUGUUGGAAGAAAAAUCAGAUGACAGCAUAUUGUUGAUACUCAUUGUUCGUAUCAUGGAUGCCUUGGGCAACUACGGAAGCUUGGAGUAUGAUGAAUGGUCAAAUCAUAGGCAGGCUUGGAAGCUGGAAUCUGCUGCAAUUAUAGAGCCUUCAGUCAACUUCAUUGUUUCAUCUCAUUCUAAAGGAAAGAAAAGGCCUAGAUGGGCUCUUAUUGAUAAGGCAUACAUGCAUAAUACAUGGAGGUCAUCACAAUCAUCCUAUCAUCUGUUCCGUACAAGUGCGAGUCUUGCUCCAUCUGACCAUGCAAUAGUUUUGAUAGAAGAUCUCCUGAAUCUCUCUUUGCAUAGCUAUGGAACUGUUCGCGCACUUGCUGGAAAAUCGCUGCUGAAGAUGAUAAAGAGAUGGCCAUCUAUGAUUUCAAAGUCUGUGCUCGCUCUCACUGAAAAUUUACGAAAUCCUAACUCACCAGAGUACGCAGUCCUAGGUUCUUGUGCAGUCCUUUCUACACAGACAGUACUGAAACAUUUGACAACGGAUGCAAAAUCAUUAUCUUCAUUUCUUCUUGGAAUUCUUUCAAGCUCACAUCAUGAAUCGCUGAAAGCCCAGAAAGCAAUUAAUGAGCUUUUUGUCAAGUACAACAUUCAUUUCUCUGGAGUAUCUAGAGCCAUUUUCAGGACAUCAGACAAUCACAUGGAUGGAUCAGAUUUCACAGAUCUGGUUUCACAGAUUGGAUCUAUGAGUUUUGAAUCUAGUGGAUUACAUUGGCGGUAUAACUUGAUGGCUAAUAGGGUUCUGCUUUUGUUGGCUAUGACAUCUAGAAACGACCCAAAUUUCUCUACAAAGAUAUUGAGUGAAACUGCAGGCCACUUCCUAAAAAAUUUGAAAAGUCAGCUUCCUCAAACAAGGAUACUUGCAAUUUCUGCUCUUAACACAUUAUUAAAAGAGUCGCCAUAUAAGUUGUCAGCUGAGAAUGAACCUACAUUCUCUGGGGAGCUACAUACAAAUACCAAAUCAUCUCUUGAAGGCGCAUUAAGAGAAAUUUUCCAGGAGGAUGGAUUUUUUAGUGAGACUUUGAAUAGUCUUUCACAUGUUCAUAUAAUCACUGAUAAUGAUGGCACAUCUAGAGGAAGUCAUGGAAAUUCUUCUUUUCAAAGUCUGGCAGACAAAUCAAUUACCCGUUUUUAUUUUGAUUUUACAUCUUCAUGGCCUCGUACACCUAGUUGGAUUUCCUUAUUAGGAAAUGAUACUUUCUACUCAAAUUUUGCACGAAUUUUUAAGCGGCUAAUACAAGAAUGCGGCAUGCCUGUUUUACUGGCACUUAAAAAUGCAUUGGAGGAGUUUUCAAAUGCUAAGGAAAGGUCUAAGCAAUGUGUUGCUGCUGAAGCAUUUGCAGGAGUGCUGCAUUCUGAUGUGAAUGGUCUUUUAGGAGAAUGGGACGAUUGGAUCAUGGCUCAGUUGCAGAGGGUUAUUCUUUCUCAAUCAGUAGAAUCUGUACCUGAGUGGACAGCUUGUGUGCGUUAUGCAGUUACAGGAAAAGGAAAAUAUGGUACAAGAGUUCCUCUUCUCAGGCAACAAAUUUUGGACUGCUUGAUGACACCUUUGCCUGCAGCAGUAACUACCACUGUAGUUGCAAAACGUUACAUGUUCCUUUCUGCAGCACUGAUAGAAGUGUCCCCACAGAAAUUGCCGCUACAUGAGAUACAGCUCCACAGUAAACUUCUUCAUGAGUUGUUGGCUAAUAUGUGUCAUUCCUCGGCCCAAGUCAGAGAAGCUAUAGGUGUUACCUUGUCAAUUUUGUGCUCCAACAUUCGUCUUCAUUCAUCAUUGACUCAAAAUCAUUCAAGUGACUCUGAUAACCAACUGAAAGAGGAAAACUGGGUUGUACUCCUGACAGAACGAGCAUCAGAUAUGGUCACAAAUAUCCAGAAAACUAGUCCUGCAGACAAUUUGGAGAUACCAACAAGGACAGCUUCUCAAAAUGGGUCGUUGAAUGGGGAUGCCCAAGAUGAUGUCAAGUGGAUGGAGACGCUAUUUCAUUUUAUCAUCUCAACAUUGAAAUCUGGAAGAUCAUCUUAUUUGCUGGAUGUUAUCGUGGGAUUUCUUUAUCCUGUCAUUUCAUUACAGGAAACAUCAAAUAAAGACUUGUCAACCCUGGCAAAGGCUGCUUUUGAAUUGCUUAAGUGGAGGAUUUUCUGGGAACCUCAUCUCCAGAGGAUUGUCUCAGUGGUUCUAUCUUCAGCCAGUGAUUCUAACUGGCGGACCAGAUCAGCUACUCUGACGUAUCUUCGUACUUUCAUGUAUAGGCAUACUUAUGUUUUGUCGAUGCCAGAAAAACAACAAAUUUGGAGAACUGUUGAGGAUUUAUUGAGAGACAAUCAAGUAGAGGUAAGAGAGCAUGCUGCAGCAGUUCUAGCAGGUUUAAUGAAGGGCGGGGACAAAGAUCUUGCUAGAGACUUCCGUGAUAGGGCUUACACAGAGGCUAAUGCCAUUCAAAGGAAGAAAAAGCAGAGAAACUCGAAGUCUGGCCAACCUAUAGCAUCGGUCCAUGGUGCUGUGCUUGCUUUAGCAGCUUCUGUAUUAUCUGUUCCAUAUGAUAUGCCUGGGUGGUUGCCUGAGCAUGUCACUCUACUUGCUCGUUUUGGAGGAGAGCCAUCGCCUGUGAAAUCUACCGUUACUAAGGCAGUUGCUGAAUUCCGGCGGACUCAUGCAGAUACCUGGAAUGUCCAGAAAGAUUCAUUUACUGAAGAGCAACUCGAGGUUCUGGCUGACACAUCAUCGUCAUCAUCGUAUUUUGCUUGAUUUGGUAAUACAAUCUUAGGAAGAGAUUAUAUAUAAAUUACAGGAACCAAGUGGUUGGGCAGGAAAUAGUGUAAUUAAUUCUUGAUAAAUAUUGCAUAAAUUUUAGAAAUGAAGUUUUAUUUACAUGAGCUUCA